AUGUGGCAAAAGAUUGAUGCUGUUCUGCCCCAGGAACUGCUGUGUUACACUGGCAAUAUGAGUUCACAUGAGUCCGUGCCCACCGAAGCCAGUCACGGCCGUGCUGAGGGGUCAGAACUGGCGUUCUCCCGUCUGAUCCUGAUCCUGCGCGCCCUGCACGUGAACAACGACAAGACCAAGAUCCUGCUCAAGCCGGACAAGACGACGGUGACCGAGGCCCACCACAUCUGGCCCACGCUCUCGGACGAGGAGUGGAUGAAGAUUGAGGUGCAGCUCAAGGACCUCAUCCUGGCCGACUACGGCAAGAAGAACAACGUGAACGUGAAGUCCCUGACCCAGUCGGAGACAAGGGACAUCAUCCUAGGCAUGGAGAUCUCAGCCCCAAGCGCCCAGCGGCAGCAGAUCGCGGAGAUCGAGAAGCAGACCAAGGAGCAGUCUCAGAUGACGGCCACCACCACGCGCACGGUCAACAAGCACGGCGACGAGAUCAUCACAACCACCACCUCCAACCACGAGACCGCCACCUUCUCCUCCAAGACGGAGUGGCGUGUGCGAGCCAUCUCGGCCACCAACCUUCACCUCCGCACCAACCACAUCUACGUCAGCUCAGACGACAUCAAGGAGACAGGCUACACCUACAUCCUGCCCAAGAACGUCCUCAAGAAGUUCAUCAUCAUCUCCGACCUGCGCGCUCAGGUGGGUGGCUGGCGGGGGCUUCUUCUUUACUGUCAGACAUCUGUAUGGGUGGCUGGCAGGGGCUCUGCUGGGGGGGGCUUCUUCUUUACUGUCAGACAUCUGUGUGGGUGGCUGGCGGGGGCUCUGCUGGGGCUGGCUCCUUCUUUACCCUCAAACAUCCAUUAA